AGAGAAGCCGGAAACAGCGGGCUGGGGCAGCGACUGCUUACACUGAGGAGGAAGGACAGGGAGAGGAUUGUGUGUAUGUGUGUGUACUUUUUCUUUUUGGUGGUGGUGGUGUUGGGGGGCGGGUGCUGGCAAGGCCAGCCCUGAACUCGCUGGACAGAGCUAGAAGCCUAUGGCCUUGCAGUGCCUGCUGAAAGAGGGAGAAGACAGCAGAGGGGUUGCCAAGAUGCCCUCCAAGCCCCAGAUCAUGUCUCUGUGGGGGCUGGUCUCCCAGAUGCCCCCAGAAAAACUGCAGCGGCUCUAUGUUGACUUCCCCCAUCACCUGCGACAUCUCCUGGGUGACUGGCUGGAGAACCAGCCCUGGGAGUUCCUGGUUGGCUCAGAUGCCUUCUGCUGCAACAUGGCCAGCACCCUACUUUCUGCCACUGUCCAGCAUCUUCAGGCCUCAGCCAGGAAGCCAGGGGAGGGCAGCGCCGUCUUGCAGCACAUCAACACCCUGGAGAGCAUAUAUCAGAGGGACCCUCUGAAGCUGGUAGCCAUUUUCAGACAGAUACUUCAAGGGGAGAAAAAAGCUGUUAUGGAGCAGUUCCGCCACUUGCCAAUGUCCUUCCACUGGAAACAGGAGGAGCUCAAGUUUAACACAGCCCUGCAGAGGCUACGACACCGAAUGGGGGAAAGCCGCCUUCUCCGAGAAGCGUUGCAGCAGAAGGCCGAGGCUGGCCAAGUGUCUCUGCACAGCUUGAUAGAACCUCCCGCCAAUGGAACUGGGUCAAGUGAGGAGCCGGGUGAGGAGGCAGUGUGUGGCCCCGGCUCAGGCCUUCCCUGCCUGCAGGCCCUGGUCACGUUGCUUCAGGAGACUGUUGGAGAGCUGGAGGCAGCCCAAGCCCUGGUGCUGAAGAGGAUCCAGAUUUGGAAGCGGCAGCAGCAGCUGGCAGGGAAUGGCGCACCGUUUGAUGAGAACCUGACCCAACUACAGGAGAGGUGUGAAAGCCUGGUGGACAUUUAUUUCCAGCUGCAGCAGGAGGUGGGGGCAGCUGGUGGGGAGCUUGAGCCCAAGACCCGAGCAACCCUGAUUAGCCGGCUGGAUGAGGUCCUGCAAACCCUGGUCACAAGCUCUUUCCUGGUGGAGAAGCAGCCCCCGCAGGUUCUGAAAACUCAGACCAAGUUUCAGGCAGGAGUUCGAUUUCUGCUAGGCCCACGAUUCCUGGGGACCCCAGCCAAGUUUCCACUGGUCAGGGCUGACAUGGUGACCGAGAAGCAGGCGAGGGAGCUGAGCAGCCCCCAGGGGCCCGGGGCUGGAGUAGAAAGCACUGGGGAAAUCACCAACAACACCGUGCCCUUCGAAAACAUGGGCUCCGGGAACUGCUGCUCCGCCCUGUUCAAGAACCUGCUUCUGAAGAAAAUCAAGCGGUGUGAGCGGAAGGGCACCGAAUCGGUCACUGAGGAGAAGUGUGCUGUGCUCUUCUCCACCAGCUUCAUGCUCGGCCCCAACAAACUCCCCAUCCAGCUCCAGGCUCUAUCUCUGCCCCUGGUGGUCAUCGUCCAUGGCAACCAAGACAACAAUGCCAAAGCCACCAUCUUGUGGGACAAUGCCUUCUCUGAGAUGGACCGUGUGCCCUUUGUGGUGGCUGAGCGGGUGCCUUGGGAGAAGAUGUGUGAGACUCUGAACCUCAAGUUCAUGGCUGAGGUGGGAACCAACCAGGGGCUACUACCAGAGCACUUCCUCUUCCUGGCCCAGAAGAUCUUCAACGACAACAGCCUCAGCAUAGAGGCCUUCCAGCACCGUUCUGUGUCCUGGUCACAGUUCAACAAGGAGAUCCUGCUGGGUCGUGGCUUCACCUUUUGGCAGUGGUUUGAUGGCGUCCUGGACCUCACCAAACGCUGUCUCAAAAGCUACUGGUCAGACAGGCUGAUCAUUGGCUUCAUCAGCAAACAGUACGUCACCAACCUUCUUCUCAACGAGCCUGACGGAACAUUCCUUCUUCGCUUCAGCGACUCCGAGAUCGGAGGCAUCACCAUUGCCCACGUCAUCCGGGGCCCGGAUGGCUCCCCACAGAUAGAGAACAUCCAGCCAUUCUCUGCCAAAGACCUGUCCAUUCGCUCCCUGGGGGACCGAAUCCGGGACCUUUCUCAGCUGAAAAACCUCUACCCCAAGAAACCCAAGGAUGAGGCUUUCCGGAGCCACUACAAGCAUGAACAGAUAGGUAAGGAUGGCAGGGGUUAUGUCCCAGCUACCAUCAAGAUGACUGUGGAAAGGGACCAGCCACUGUCCACCCCAGAGCCCCAGAUGCCUACCAUGGUGCCCUCUUACGACCUUAGAAUAGCCCCUGACUCCAUGAACAUGCAGCUCAGCCCAGAUAUGGUGCCCCAGGUGUACCCACCACACUCUCACUCCAUCCCCUCAUUUCAAGCCCUCCCCCGGGAAGAAUCAGUCAACGUGUUGCCAGCCUUCCAAGAACCUUGCCUGCCUAUGUCCUCCAACGUGAACCAGAUAAACCUGCCCUUUGACCAGCCUCACCCCCACAGGGGCCUGCUGCUGUGCCAGCCUCAGGAGCAUGCCAUAUCCAGCCCCGAGCCCCUGCUCUGCCCGGAUGUGACCAUGGAGGACAGCUGCUUGAGCCAGCAAGUGGGAGGGUUCCCUCAAGGCACCUGGGUCAGUGAAGACAUGUUCCCGCCUCUGCUGCCUCCCACUGAACAGGACCUCACUAAGCUCAUCCUGGAGGGGCAGGUGGAAUCAGGAAGAGAGUCUCUGGGAGCCCAGCCCCUCCCGCAGCCCUCCCCCUAUGGGCAGUCUGUGAUCUCCAUGUCCCAUCUGGACCUAAGGCCCAACCCCAGUUGGUAAUCCCAGCUGGAGGGGGAGCUCAGCGAGUCAGCUUUUCUACCCCAAUGGACCUGCUCUGGAGCCUGCCCAUGCUGCUGCCAAGCAGCGGUUGGGGAGGGUGUCCUGCUACCCCCACCUACUCCCUCAUGAAGAGGAAGACUUCGCCAGGAGAAGGCACAGUGGGUGGAGCCUAUCCACGUCUUCUCUCCUGCCACACACCCCUGCCCUCUCCCUUCCAAUACUGGAAGAGAAAAUCGGGUUCCAAAGUGAGACACGCCCCAGCAUGCCCAAACACGCAGAAUGAGCACAUAGCUCUCCCUGAGAGACGGGGCUGAGAAGGAAGGGGGCUAGGCAAGAGCCCAGGUUAAGGCACGGAGGGCUUCUCCUCCCACUCCCAGCCAGGACCCACGAUGCGCGUGUAGAGAAAGGCAGACAUGUGCACCCACCUGCACUAGAAGCUGGGGAUGGGGGCAGGGACAGGCUGGGUCCUAGCCCUGGCGGGACAAGGAAGCAGUUCAGGAGACCCUGGGUGGGAGGAGGAGAGGGGCCUGUACACUUAGUUACUGGUGUGGGAUUUGCCCAGAUUAAAAAACAAAUCCUAAACAGCACCAGAUUCCUGACAGUCAGAUGGAGGCUUCCGAUUGUGCACGAUGGUGCUGUAGUACACGGGCUGUGUCCUGGUGUACAGUUCUGUUAAAGUGUGUACUUGAGACACGUUAACAUACAGAUGUCAGACAUUAGUCAUACAGCCACAUAGAACAUUAUCUAAUCUUGCCUAUGACCAUAUAAGUUGUGAAGUGUGAGACACUGCACAAAAGGCACUGGUGAGCAUGCUGGCCUCGGACGCGUGCCAGCCCAGGUGUGCUCAGGUGAGCCUGUGUGUGGCUGUGACAACACUGCCGACCCCGCUGGAAGCUGCGGUGCGAGUCUGGGGCCAGGCCCAGGUGUGUGGUCCUCUCCCCGUACUAGGGGCCCUCCCCACUGCUUCACUUCUGUCUCCCAGCCACGGACAGUUUCCCUCCGCCCCCAAACCACUGUCUCCCUCUUGGUGGGGGGUCAUAGAUCAUAAGCCAUAAAAUAAACUUUAUUCCAAAAUAACAAA